AUCAACUUUUACCGUUACUUUAUGAAGAAACACGUGUUAAGGAUGAUCUCAUUCAUAUGGUGGAGAUGGGACCAUUUAAACACAAAGUAGACGAUGGUCUUGACAUCAGAAAGGCAAAUUCCAUCUUUAGUUUUGUAGAAUGGUUGGAUGAGACAGUGGAACCAUUAAAGGGAACCUUGUCAUAUAGAAUGAAAGAUAACGCAGUCAAAUCGGAAAUUGAUAAAAAUAAUGAAUUAUGUCGAUCCGCUGUUAGAACUGCGGUAGUUUUGAAUAAACUUGCCGAACAAGCUGGAAGUACGCCUAAAUUUGAUGCCUUUGUAAAAGAUACUAAAAGCGGGCCAUGGUGCGAUCAAUAUAAUAUUUAUCAAAAUGAAUUGGAAAGUAAGGAAUCUGGCUCAGGGCAUGUUGGUGAUAGCAUGGAUACAUC